AUGCAUAUCAAAGUAGUCUUGGCCAUAUUUGCUGUCCUUUUUCUGAGCCUGGUUUCUGGCCAAGAUCGGAUUCAAAGGGACUGCAAUGAGCUGGAAAGGAAGUGCAGGGAGUGCGUGGGUACACUGAACAACAGGGAGGAUCGCAACUUGCCCACCUUGAACAGGGAGUGCCAGCAGAAAACCAUCAGGACCUGGCAUUGGAGGGAUAUCGGCCGAUGUGAGCUCACAAAAAUUGAUUGUCUUGGAUGGGAGAGUCGUUUGGACUGCGGCGAUAUUGCUCGGCUGGCUGGUAUGCGUAGGAGGAACUAA